CAAACGGACGUGCACCGCGCUGCACAACAGAACACCAGUGCACAUAAGAGAAACAUAUAUAGAAACAAAUAGAAAACAAUCCAAAUAUACGCACACAUUCAUACAUAACAGUGCAAAGGCGCACCGUGUACUUAAUAUUUCCACAUUUGAUUCUUCAUUGAAAGUCGCAGUCGAAAAACGUCAAAAAUGUCCGCACGCCGCGUCACAGUCGGUACACGCGUCUCGCGCGCCAGUAAUUCCACGCCCGUGGGCGGCGCAUCGACGUCCUCGCGUAUAGGGGCCACCAGCCCCACCAGUCCGGCGCGUACCACCCGCCUACAGGAGAAAGAGGAGCUGCAGCACCUGAACGAUCGCCUCGCUUGUUACAUCGAUCGCAUGCGCAACCUGGAGAACGAGAACAGCCGGUUGACUCAGGAAUUGCAUCUAGCACAGGACACUGUGAACCGUGAAACGUCCAAUUUGAAGGCGGUCUAUGAGAAGGAGUUGGCCGCCGCCCGUAAGCUGCUCGACGAGACGGCCAAGGAGAAGGCCAAGCUGGAGAUCGAUAUCAAGCGCUUGUGGGAAGAGAACGACGACUUGAAGGCAAGACUAGAUAAAAAGACGAAGGAGGCAACCGUAGCCGAGAAUAAUGCACGCCUCUAUGAAUCUCGAUUCACCGAAAUCAAUGGCAAGUACAACCAAGCCUUGGCCGACCGCAAGAAGGCUGAUGACCAGGCCAAGGAACUGGCAGCAGAAAAUGAGCGCCUGCGCCGACAGCUGGAUGAUCUGCGGAAGCAGUUGGAGGCGGAGACAUUGGCCCGCGUCGAUCUGGAGAACCAGAACCAGAGUCUGCGCGAAGAACUGGCCUUCAAGGAGCAGAUUCACGGACAGGAGUUGACGGAAACACGCUCGCGCCGACAAAUUGAGAUCAGCGAAAUCGAUGGACGGCUGGCCCGGCAGUACGAGGCGAAGUUGCAGCAAUCACUGCAGGAGUUGCGCGAUCAGUACGAAGCACAGAUGCGUGCCAAUCGUGAAGAGAUCGAGCUUCUGUACGAUAAUGAGAUACAGAAUCUGAAGGCGGCAGCAGCGCGCGCUGCUCAGGGCUCAGUACAUGCUACAGAGGAGGUUCGUAUAAUGCGUACCAAGAUUGAUGGACUCAAUGCUAAGCUGCAGGACCUGGAGAGCACAAAUGGAACGCUAAAUAGUCGCAUACGUGAAUUGGAGAAUCUCUUGGAUACUGAGCGUCAACGUCACAAUCAGUACAUUGCGUCCUUGGAGGCCGAGUUGCAGCGCAUGCGUGAUGAAAUGGCGCACCAAUUGCAAGAGUAUCAGGAUCUGAUGGAUAUCAAGGUAUCACUGGAUCUAGAACUCGCUGCAUACGACAAAUUGCUCUGUGGUGAAGAGCGUCGUCUAAAUAUAACUUCACCCGGACGCCCUGGCACUGACUCGGGCAUCUCCAGCAAUGGAACACACUUGACCGCCAGUGGUUCGCGAUCUGGACGCGUAACGCCUAGCGGACGCCGUUCGGCCACGCCUGGAAUUUCGGGCUCUGGAGCCGUCAAGCGACGCCGCACGGUGAUCGACGAAAGCGAAGAUCGCACCCUGUCUGAAUACUCUGUAAAUGCGGCCGCAAAAGGUGAACUUGAGAUCAUCGAGGCAGAUACCGAAGGACGUUUCAUUAAACUGCACAACAAAGGCACCGAGGAGAUUAAUUUGACGGGUUGGCAGCUUACACGCAUUGCCGGCGACGAGGAACUAGCCUUCAAGUUCUCCCGUGGCUCCAAGGUUCUAGGCGGCGCUAGUGUGACCAUCUGGUCCGUGGAUGCGGGUGCAGCACAUGACCCACCAAACAAUUUGGUGAUGAAGAAGAAGUGGCCCGUCGCCAAUUCCAUGCGUAGUGUGUUGGCUAAUGCCGACAAAGAGGUGAGAGUCUUGUCGAUUUACAACACGUGCGGCACCUGCGACAUCUGCCGACAUUGCCAGCACCUCGAGUUUGUGCUCGACCAGAUGUUGCCAGCUACGACCGUGUGCGUGCAAACGUUUCCAGCCACGUCUCCCGGCAUAGGUCCAGCGGCACCCCCAGCACGGGUUUUACUCUCGGUUCCGGCGCGGGUUCCACCGGUGUGAGAAGUCUGUUCUCGUUGUUGUUCUAGACAGCUAACCGAACGGAAAGUACCGUACACAUCCAUACAGAGACUCACAGACUCGCACGAGGACGCGAUACUCACUCAGACACAAACACAUCAUCAGACAUCGGCUUGAUGCAUAUCUAAGAACGCGUGAGGCGCUCAAAAUGCUACUGCAAGAGUGCAAUUUACAAUACAAGUACAACAAGAACAACACUUAUAACACACUGCUCUAUGUUAUAUGCUUAAGAAUUUCAACUUUUUUUGUAAUUUAUCAUUUUAUGGAAAAUGCAUUUGAUAAAUCAUAUCGUAAAUAAAAGGCAAGAAAACG